AUGUCUAGCACACAGCUUCCGGGUCCGCGGAAGCGAACUCCCGAGUUUCCAACAAGACAGAUGACAAUUCUAGCCUUCAUGUCCAUCUUCCCCUACAUCUACUACAUGAUCCAAGACUUCCAGGUCACGAAACGCGAGUCGGAGAUACCAAUCUAUGCAGGAAUGGUAACAUCAGCUUUCGCCUUCGCAGAAUUCUCAUCCGGACUGGCGUGGGGAAGAUUGAGUGACAAAAUUGGACGAAAACCAGUGCUUCUGACCGGACUGGCUGGAACGGCACUAAGCAUGUUGGUUUUCGGAUUUGCGCCCAGUCUGCCGGUUGCAUUACUGGCUCGGGCGCUGGGCGGUCUCUUGAAUGGAAAUAUUGGUGUAUUACAGACCACAGUUGCCGAGAUGGUCACUGUCAAGGAACACCAACAGCCUCUUGCUGACGAAUCACAAAGCGCGAGCUUAUACGAUCAUGCCAUUUGUCUGGUGUCUCGGGCCUUUAGAUCAAUACUUGGUCCUAUGCUGGGAGGCGCUCUAGCGCGCCCCGUACUCAGCUACCCCAGUGUAUUUACCCCAGGAAGCAUCUGGGAAAGGUUCCCGUACCUGCUACCAAAUCUGGUGUGCACCGUUAUCGUAUCCUGUGGAGUCGUGGUAGGAAUUCUAUUCUUAGAAGAAUCGCACGCGGAGAAGAAAUUUCGACGUGAUCCGGGGUUGGAGCUAGGAAAGUGGAUUUUGAGCAAGUUCACGCGAUGCGCCGAAUCGAAGACAUUGAGAUGUGAAAAAGCAUCAAACCUCGAGGAGGUCGUGGCCUUGUUGAGUGAAGACGAGCAACCGCCAGGAUAUCGCACCAGCGAGGGCUCACCCAGGCUGCCGUCCACACCAUCACCGGAACCGCACGAACCACUGGACUUGAAUACACCCCGUGUUUUGAGGAAGUCCAAACCUGCUACGACAAAAGCGUUCACGCGACAGGUUGUCUUGAAUAUCGUCGGCUAUGGCAUCCUAGCUUACCACACGAUAACAUUCGAUUCCAUGCUUCCCACUUUCUUGAGCACUCCAGCGCCGCUCGCAGAAGCUGCCACUCCAUGGCAAUUGCCCUUCAAAUUCGUGGACGGGUAUGGCCUCAGCACAAGUCAAAUCGGCGUCGUCUUGUCUGUCCAAGGAGUCUAUUCUAUGAUCGCUACUGUCUUCCUCUUCCCCUUUAUUGUCCGGAGGCUAGGAGCUUUAGGUCUCUUUAGAUGCAUCGCCAUUUCGUACCCGAUUCUUUACGUCGCAACUCCAUACUUGGUAUUGCUUCCGGAUAACCUCCGAAUGGUUGGGGUCUACGUGGUAGUAAUUUGGAAAUGCACCUUCGCGACGAUGUCCUAUCCCAGCAAUGCGAUACUGCUCACGAAUUCCGCCCCGUCGCUGCUCAUGUUGGGGACCAUCAAUGGCGUAGCCGCAUCGAUGGCCAGCCUGUGUCGAGCAUUCGGACCAACUGCCUCAGGAUUCCUCUUUUCAGCCGGUCUUCGGAUAGGAUACUCGGGCCUAGCCUGGUGGUGCAGUGCAAUCAUUGCCAUUGCCGGCGCUAUCCUCAGUUUGAGCAUGAGUGAUAAAGGAGGCCGUAUGGACGUGGAGGAUGAGAAGAACGACGAAGAGCAGGAAUUGGGCUUCGAAGACCACGUCCUGGAUCACGAGUCACUCAACUCUGCCCUCACCGUUGCGGAACCAAGGGGUCUAUACACGGACGACGACGAGGCAGUCUGA